AAAACCGAGCUACUUCUCGAUCGUGGUCCACCGGAAGUAACCAUUCACCAAAGUGGAUACUAAAGGCAACCUGGGACUUUCCCAGGACUUUGAAAGGAUGGUCGGACUCACGGGUGGGGCCCAUCUGUACGCGGCCGGGCUCCCGACGGGGAUGCCGGCAUCGCAGGACGUUGUCCGUGACAUGGGAGGUGCGAUGCCAACGGCAGCCCCGACCAGUGCCGAUGCCUGCCUCAGUAUCGUCCACUCGCUCAUGUGCCACCGUCAGGGGGGCGAAACUGAAAGCUUCUCCAAGCGGGCGAUCGAGUCGCUGGUGAAGAAAUUGAAGGAAAAACGGGACGAACUGGACUCACUGAUCACGGCCAUCACCACCAAUGGCGCACAUCCGAGCAAGUGUGUCACGAUACCGCGUACGCUCGACGGCAGACUGCAGGUCGCUGGUCGCAAAGGAUUCCCGCACGUGAUCUAUUCGCGCAUCUGGCGCUGGCCCGAUCUGCACAAGAACGAAUUGAAGCACAACAAAUUCUGCCAAUACGCGUUCGAUCUCAAGUGCGAUUCGGUGUGCGUCAAUCCGUAUCAUUACGAGCGGGUCGUAUCGCCCGGCAUUGACCUCUCCGGUUUAACGCUGCAAUCGGGACCAAGUCGGUUGAUAAAGGACGAGUACACGCCCGGUGCGGUCGUUGGCGGUGGUGGAAUGGACAUCGAUGGCAACGAGAUUGGAACCAUUCAGCACCAUCCCUCGCUGGUGGCCGGCGGUGCUUACGCCAGUAUGGGCAUGCAUCCACAGGUUACCGGUAGGUUAGAUCCGUUAGGCAUGUACGGUUCUAGUAGUGGCCCUAGGCCAAUACCGAAGCUGGAGUCCUCCGAGCAGCAGGCCCGAAAUAAUGGUCCCAGCAGCUGGAUGAGCGGUGGUGGGCCAUCAUCUGUCGCUGUGGCAAUGGCGUCGGCAGUCGCCUCAGCCAGCAGUCAACAGCAGCAGCAGCAGCAACAACAACAACACAGUCGCCUUUCGUCUUCUUUGCCGCUUUCCUCCGUUAUCGGUGGUCCAGCAGGGCUGUCAAAUAAUGGUUUGCGAGGACCACAAAACUCUCAGCAGCAGCAGCAGCAGCCUCAACAACAGCCACAGCAGCAACCGCAGCCGCAACCUCAGCCCCAACCGUCAUCACAAUCCGGCAGCCAGCUAACGAACGGCGGUGGUAACGGCGGAGGUCUACUUGGGACAUCGGCGCAAUCGGGAGCUCCUGGCGGUGGCCUAGUUGGCGGCGAUACAUCUCAGUACUACACCAGUGCGGCCCCUACCGUAGUGGUCGAUCCGUCGAUGACGAACGAUGCGCAGGCGAUGGGUGGUGGUGCCGGCAUGGCCGGCGGACCGCUGUCUGCCACAUCACCAGUAUCGCCUCAUCUGCAACAGAAUGGCUACGUGUCGGCCAGCAACGGGCAGGCUCCGCAGACCGGUCCCGGCCAGCAACCGACGGUCCAGAACCCGGCAGCACAACAGUAUCAACAGCAGCAGCAGCAGCAACAGCAGCAACAACAACCUACUCAGCAACCGGGAAGUUCGGCAACCUGGUCCGGAUCGAACACCCUCAACUACACCCAAUCGAUACAACCUCCCGGUCCACACCAGCAACAGACGCAACAGCAGCAGCAGUACUGGCCACACAGUUCGGGAGGCACGGCCGGAUCGGUCGUAGGAUCCGGCACUGGUUCCUCGUCGAGCAGCGUCGGCAACACUGGCAGUGGCCAGAUGUCCGAACUACCUGGUCAGCAGCGGUUACUGUCGCGACAACCGGCACCCGAGUACUGGUGCUCGGUUGCAUACUUCGAGCUCGACACGCAGGUGGGGGAAAUGUUCAAAGUGCCCUCGAACCGGCCAAACGUCACGAUCGACGGAUACGUCGAUCCGUCCGGUGGCAACCGGUUCUGUCUCGGUGCCCUCAGCAACGUGCACCGGACGGAGCAGAGUGAAAAGGCAAGGCUGCACAUCGGGAAAGGUGUCCAGCUGGAUCUGCGCGGCGAGGGCGACGUCUGGCUGCAGUGUCUCAGUGAUCACGCAGUAUUCGUACAGAGCUACUACCUCGACCGGGAAGCGGGCCGAACGCCGGGCGAUGCGGUGCACAAAAUCUAUCCCGGAGCGUACAUAAAGGUGUUCGAUCUGCGGCAGUGCCAUCUGCAGAUGCAAUCGCUGGCUAACUGUGCCCAGAAAGCGGCCCACAUACAGGCAGCCGUUGUGUCGGGUGUAUCGUCCGUCGGUGCUCCGAGAAAUCUAUCUGCGGCCGCCGGCAUCGGUGUGGACGAUCUGCGACGACUGUGCAUACUGCGGCUGUCGUUUGUGAAGGGUUGGGGUCCCGACUAUCCACGGCAGUCGAUCAAGGAAACGCCCUGCUGGGUGGAGGUGCAUCUGCACCGUGCCCUCCAGCUGCUCGACGAAGUACUGCACCAAAUGCCCAUCGAUGGUCCCCGGGGAGGCGAGUAAGCAGCAG